AUGGCUGCCCUCGACGGAUUCCGAGACCAGCUCGUCCAGGUCGUCCUCUAUGAUGGCCGGGUUAUUGUUGGCAAGCUCAAGGGCAACGACAACUUCUGCAACCUGAUUCUGUCGGACAGCGUCGAGCGCGAGUACUCGUCAGACAAGGGGGUCGAGAUGAUCCCCUUGGGGCUGUACAUGAUCAAGGGUGAUAACAUCGCCUUGAUCGGACAGGUCGACGAAGACAAGGACGGUUCGUUGGACUAUUCCGAGGUCAUGGCCGAGCCAUUGGCAGAGAUCCGGUACUAG